UUCCUCUUUCCAGAAAAUUCAGAGGCCCCAGAUCUGAAGCAGUUCUUUGACCAGUACUAUUCUCAUAUCUACUAUGUCUUCUUUGAAAACUUUGUCACCAUUGAGGUCAGCCUCAAGCAGAAAGGUCAUAAGUCUCAGAGGGAGGAGCUGGACUCAAUCCUCUUCAUCUUUGAGAAAAUACUUCAGCUUCUGCCAGAGAGAAUCCAGAGCCGUUGGCAGUUCCACAGCAUCGGGUUAAUUCUCAAGAAGUUGUUGCACACUGGAAACUCCCUAAAGAUUCGUCGUGAAGGCGUGUGCUUGUUUUUGUUGUGGAUGCAGGCUCUGCAGAGCAAYGCAGAGCACGAGCAGCUCUGCAUGUUUGCGUGUUUGAUCCCUGGUUUUCCUGCUCCGGUCUGUCACGGGUCCCCUCGGACACUGGACACUCUGAUCAACCCGCCGCUGAGUCUGACUGAGACUCAAGUCACUCCUGAAGAAAUCACACCGUUAGUUGCUCCUCAAUCAGGAGACAAAAACCAGGAAGAUCUCACUGCUUUUUUUCUGGAAGCUCUGCUGAAAUACAUGGUAAACCAGGCAAAGUCUCUAGAGUGGCGAUGUAAAGAGAACCACGAACGUGGCUUCAACUUCCUCUUUGGCCAUUUUAGGAAGUUCUACCUUCCUCACAUAUUUCCCAACUUCGCCAUGGAAACAAGCCUUUACAACCCUAUUUUAGACGUCCCUCCGAUGCGUCCUAAACCGUACUACAGCAUGGUGCGCCGAGAGCAGGACGCUGGUGAACCUCAGUUCUGCACCAAAGAGAGUUUCCUUCAGGCCCGAGUCAUCUUCAUCCGCUGGCUGGUUUCCUUCUGGUUGGAGCCUCGGCCCAACGCACAAACACACAUCCCAGGAACGGAAGGAGAAAAUGUCCCAAAAAACAUACAGCGAGCAGCAGCUGGACUGGCUGCUCGGUCUGCAGGCAGCUCCGACGACAGCGGAGGAGGAGGACUUCGGUCCGAAAGUCACCUGGAAGGAAGCGGUAGCUCCUUGGGGCCAGCAGGAGGUGGUCUGGGCGCCUGCGGGGGUCCAGGGGCAGAACCGGAACAAAGCCACUCCAACACUUCCACGCUGACGGAGAGAGAACCCAGCUCCUCCUCGCUCUGCUCCAUGGACGAAGAGCAGCUGACAGACAUGGAGGUGGUGAGGAGAGUCCUGACCAACUCCAGAACCAGCGUCAACUUCAUCAUUGAGAUCUUCAGACAGGCAUUUCUUCUUCCGAUGUGUGAGGCUGCCGCGAUGCGAAAAGUGGUCCGUGUUUACCAGGAGUGGAUCUCCAUGGAGGACAAACCCGUGUUUAUGAAGGAUCCCGAUGAAGGACCCUAUCCUGUACCUGCUGCUACCACCAGCCUGGAUUCAGGCUCUCAGCUUGGAGAUAAAGAAGACGAGGGAAGGAACAAAGAGAUUGAGAGUGAAAUGCUGGAAUAUUGUGUUCAUGCUGGAGCUCAAACCACACUACAAGUAUUUAUCACCCACUCUGCUAACGUUUUCCUGCUGGAACCUGCUAAUGACAUCAAGAUCCUUUUAGAGGAGCAUGUUGACAUGUGCAAGCGAGUCCUGAACAUCUACCGCAGCCUCGUCAUGCACGAAACUAUGGACCAGAAAACAUGGGAGCAGAUCUUAUUGGUUCUGCUGAGAGUGACAGAAUCUGUCAUGAAACGACCUCCAUCCAUCAUGCCUCACGGCAAGAAGAGCAACACUCUGUCAGGCAGGCUGGCCGGGCCGAUAUUUCAGACGUUGAUAGUUGCCUGGAUUAAGGGAAACCUGAACGUUUAUAUCAGCAGAGAAUUGUGGGACGACCUCCUCUCCGUCCUCUCCUCCCUCACCUGCUGGGAGGAGUUGGUCACAGAGUGGUCACUCACCAUGGAGACCCUCACAAAGGUGUUGGCAAGGAAUCUGUACAGUGUGGAUCUGAAUGAGCUCCCUCUGGACAAACUCAGUGAACAAAAACAGAAGAAACACAAAGGAAAGGCUAUCAGUACAGAGAACCAGCGACAGGUUGUGGACCGGUCUUUUUCUCGAGGCUGGAGCAGAGACCAACCGGGUCAGGCAGCGGCCAUGAGGCAGCGAAGCGCCACCACCGCCGGCUCACCGGGCAUCGAAAAAGCACGGAGCAUUGUGCGCCAGAAGACCGUAGCCCUGCGUAGCUGUUCUACGGGCGACUCUCUGCUGUCCUCAGCCUUUAUCCGCAGUGCUAAGAGUGCUCCUACUCUGGCUCCGCCUCUUCCUGUCCUCCACCACCAUCACCCCUUUUUACCCCCCCUUGCCGACAAUCUGGCAGACCUGGAGGACCAGCCCAUCACACUGACRUCCACUCGAAUGCGCCACGCCUCCCAGAGCGACGAAGCCCCUCCCACCUCCUGUUCCGAGGUCUUCCAGGCAGGGUCCUGUGACCUGGACACCCCGGGCCCGUCCGCCCUCGCCAGGAGCAGCAGUGCCUCUGACAUCAUGGAGCCCUUCAUCGCCGAGCGGGUCAAAGGUGAAGAACCCCAGAGGGACCCCGUUUCAUUCCUGAAUCCUCACCACCACCACCCCUCCACAACUACAGCAGACAGCCACACAGCUCAGCCACUCUCACAAUCCCUCACCUCCCCCUCUCCCAAACCUUUUACCUUCUACAAUGGUGUUUCCUUGUCCUCAAACGCGCAAAGUGACGAUAGCGUUUAUGACCAGCCCUGGCUUCAGACCGGCUCUCAAAGCCUCGUUUCAGGCUCUGAUUGGGUAAGCCGCUGGGACUCCGCCUUCGCUUUUUCCUCUGAAAAAGAACUCGAUGCGGACGAGGGGGAAACGGGGACUGAGGUUGAGGAAGACGAUUUAUUCUCCUCUAUUAGGGACUACCUCAGUCAGAGAGGAGCUGAAAGAAAAGAAGAGGCCAGAGAAGGAGACGGUCACCUGUCAGAAAACACCGUCACUGAACCUGUGCUGGUGCAAACAGGAAUUGCUAGGUUGCAGCUAGCGUACGCAGGGCAGCUAGAAGAAGGGAAACAGGUGAUAAGUGAGGACAGACAGGUAAGUAAAUCAGUGAGACACUGCAGUGUGGAUUCCACAGAGGAGAAUGAGGCAGAGCAGCGCAGCAUUUAUGAGUGUUUGGAGUUGCAGUGUCAGUGGCCGUCACCCAUUGUUAAAGGGAGCUCGAGUUUAGAAAGGAACUCUGAUGAGAACAAGGGAGUUGGUACCGGAACCGGAUCGGAAGGGAAAUUUGACAUGUGGACAGAGUUAGAAGAAACAAAACCGGAGGAAAAGGCAGGAGAAAUAAACACCAGACCCAGUUUGAUCAGACAAGAUUCGACCACAGCUGAACCAAACUCUGAAUCUGCUUCACAAAUCUCAGACGCUGCUAAAGCAAAGAUCUUGUCCGGUAGCACCAAGCGACUCAGUUCUGGUUCUAGUGUUCAUGUCAGCUUCCAGCCAUCGACUGAGUCGGUCCAGUUCCACAACCCUCUGGAGAGUAAGGAGGCCCACUGGAAGGCCCGGCUGCGUCGACUCAGUCACUUCCACACACACAGUCAUUCAGCCGGGGAGAGACUGAGCAGAUCCGGGUCGGGGGGGAAGCUGGCAGCAGAGGGUGCAGGUAAGUUCGGCUCCAGAGCUGGAGUUGGCCACAAAGCAGGGUCACAGGAGAGGUUUUUGCCUGGGUCGGCUGCAGAAAGCAGCGGGGCUGUGGCCACAGAUGCUGCAAGUCUGGAAAACAGGCCUGGGACUGGAGGGGACAGGCAGCAUUCUGGAUCCUUUACAAGAUCCAACCCGGGCCCUGAGACCAGCUCAGAGGUCUUGUCAGGUAGCUCCGGUUCCUCAGGCUUGUCCACUGGAGUGCGUGGACGCCUGGGACGCUCCGCCUUGCGAUCCCGAGUGUCCCGCUCUCGCUCCCAGGAGCCCGGCUGCACCGCCUCUCGGCACCACCAGGGGGCUCUUCUUGGUGGCGUUUAUAAGAGUGUUGUCCAUGCUCUGUCCUCUAAACCUCGACCCAGAGGUCAGGGAUCGUCGCAGGGUUCUUCACCGCAGCGACAGAGUCGGGCUGCCAUGGGCGACGCCUCGCUAAGGGAUCUCUACUCCCACGUCCUGGGCUACUUUGGACGAAAGACGACAACGCCAGCCAACAAGGAAGAGGUGGUCCAGAAGGCUCGUCCAGUCUCCAGCGACGUCGGAAGCAGCAACCCAAACUUCUCUGACCUCAUGGACGAGUUCAUCCAGGAGAGACUGAGAAGCAAAGGGACGGUGGGGCGUCGUGGCAGCAGCCCCAUUAGUCUGGAGGUUCCCAGAGACCUGCCAGAGCUCCUGGAGGCCGGUCAGGGUUCCGGGUCACGACCCAGUGACGACCAUCGACCCGUGGAUGACGGCGUUCCCUCCGAGUGGACGUCACCCGCAAGUGCAAGCGGUUCUGAUGUUGUCAGCUCCGACAGCCAAUCAGACUCCUUUAAUGCCUUCCAGUACUCGGCCUGCAAAUUUGACAAUUUUGCUUUUAGUUCAGAUACGUGUGGAGGAGGAGGUGGGUCUGGAGGAGGUGGUCGAGGCAGCUCGGUGGACCAGGAUAGUCUGGGUGGAGGUCUGGCCAGCGAGGAACACGAAGUAGCCAGUUUGACGACGCUUCACAUCGACUCAGAGACCAGCAGCCUCAGCCACACGGUCACUGUUACUGGUUCUGAAAGUGCCUCACCUAUGCAUUCCCUCGGGGGCUCCCGUUCCCAGACCCCCUCCCCCGCCACUCUGACAGCCGAGCACGCUGAUCACACACACUCACACACACACUUACAGCUGGACCAGAAACUCCACAACUCUGUCCUGCAGACACCUGACGAUCUGGAAACAAGCGAGUUCCCCUCUGAGGACUGCAGUGUGAUGGCAGGCGGUUCUCUAACUGGAUGGCACGCAGAUGUUGCCACGGUCAUGUGGAGGAGGAUGCUGGGUAUCCUGGGAGAUGUUAAUGGCAUCAAGGACCCAGAAAUUCACGCUCAGGUCUUCGACUAUUUGUGCGAACUGUGGCAAAACUUGGCCAAGAUUAGAGAUAAUUUGGGCAUUUCUUUGGACAACCAAUCGUCUCCCCCACCUCCCGUUCUGAUCCCUCCACUCAGAAUCCUUACCCCGUGGCUUUUUAAGGCCACCAUGUUGACAGAGCGAUACAAGCAGGGGAAGCUUCACGCCUACAAACUUAUCUGCAGGAUCAUGAAAAGACGACAAGAUGUUUCCCCAAACACUGAUUUUCUCACACACUUCUACAACAUCAUGCACCAAGGACUGCUGCACCAAGACCAGGACAUUGUGAACACCAUCAUCAAGCACUGCAGUCCGAGGUUCUUUAGUAUUGGUCUCCCUGGUGCCACCAUGUUGAUCCUGGAUUUUAUCAUCGCAGCUUCUCGAGUCACAGCCUGUUCAUCACUUAAUGCUCCAAGAGUGGAGGCCCAGAUCCUUCUCGGCUCUCUGGUGUGUUUCUCCAACUUUUACGAGGACCUCGCUGCUCUCCAUCCGACCACAGCCGACGUGGUUUUAACAAAGUUUCCUGAUGUCAAGGAGCACAUAAUUAAAACCAUCCUGACCUCUGCUAGGGAUGAACCCUCCGCUCCUGCUAGGUGUGUUGCUUUGUGCAGUCUGGGUAUCUGGCUGUGUGAGGAGUUGGUUCACGGGACUGAACAUCCUCAGAUUAAAGUUGCUCUAAAUGUCAUCUGUGUUACACUAAAGUAUCCCAAUAAGAACGUAGCUCUGGUGGCAUCAGACGUCCUUCACCUACUGAUCAACUACGUGGACCAUCUUCACAAAUUCCCCCCUGAAACUCCAAAAAAGAUCGUAGAGAUUCUGAUUGCCACCAUAACAUACUUACUGCCAAGUACAGAGUCCUCUCCUCAUGAACUGGACAAAAGGCUUGUAGUUUCCCUCUUGUUGUGUCUGUUGGACUGGGUGAUGGCUCUGCCUCCAAAGACUCUCCUCCAACCUGUUCAAACACGAAGCCCACCUGAGAAGGAUCAACCCACCAAAACCCUUCUCAGCUGUAUUUACAAGGUACUACAUGGUUGUGUGUAUGGAGCACAGUCUUUCAACAGUCCCAAGUAUUUCCCGCUGCAGCUGUCGGACCUGUCGAGUCCAGAUUACGACCCGUUCCUGCCGUUGGAGAGCCUCAGAGAACCAGAACCUCUGCACAGCCCGGACUCGGAGCGCUCGAGCAAACUGCAGCCUGUCACUGAAGUUCGAAGCCGUAUUCAACAAGGCCUUGUUUCUAUAGCAGCCAGAACAGUUAUUACCCACCUGGUCAAUCACUUGGGACAUUAUCCCAUGUCUGGAGGUCCUGCAACUCUGUCCAGUCUGGUGUGUGAAAACCAAGACAACCCGUUCUGUGAGAGUGCAGAUCUGGGACCAGAACUUUUCAAUUCACCCAACCUGCAAUUUCUGGUUCUGAACGGCUCCACGCUGCUGUCGGUGCUUCAGAUCCGAUCAGAAUCCGGCGUUCCAGGAGGCGGAAUGACAGCUGGGUUGUCUUCUGCUCCAGCUUGCGUUCGUGUCAUCAUCCGAGACGUUGCCGGGAAGCACUCCUGGGAUUCUGCCGUCCUCUACGGGCCUCCGCCGUGCUCUCCGAGCAGCCCGGCACACGCACUUUUAACACAGACGCAGUCGCCACUCAGAGCUAAACUCCAGUUACACACCCCGCCAGGAGGUCCGCCGAAGAAGAUGGAACUGAGGGAAGAAGGCAGCGAGGAAGAGGAGCAGGAAGUGGAGGGAGGAAAAGGAACGGAGGGUGACGGGCAGGAGUUUCAGUUAGACGGGGAGGUGCAAGGUGAGGAGAGGAAGGUCAGUGAUGAGGAGAAGGCAGAGCCAGGAGAUGGUGGGGAAGAUGAGGAAGUAGAGGGGGUGCAGGAGGAAGAGGAGGAGGAGGAGAUGAGGGAGGGGGAUGAGUCAGGCUCGGAACAGAUUCUAGCUCCGCCGCUGGCUAAACGUGUGUGCAGAGAGGCGGUGCCGGCGUGGGAUUCGCUGAAAGAAGGAGACGAUGCUUUGGAUGAAAUGCUGCAGUACCUGGGAUACUCGAGUCCCGAGUGUCUGCAGAGAGCAGGCAUGCCACUUAACAUCCCAGCUUUUCCUCCCACGUGCGUUUCAGAGAAGCAGGAGAACGAUGUGAUCAACGCCAUCCUGAAACAGAGCGCUGCAGAGCGAGAUUUCGUCCUCCAUAGAGGCGAGGGGCUGAACAUGCGGGCGGUGCAGCAGGCGGAACCGGAGACGGAGACGCCGCAGUCUGCUUUCUACUACUGCAGGCUGCUGAUCAACAUCCUGGGCCUCAACUCCUGGGAAAAGAGGAGUAACUUUCACUUGCUGAGGAARAAUGAGAAAUUACUGAGAGAGCUGAAGAACCUGGACUCACGUCAGUGCCGUGAGACACACAAAAUAGCAGUAUUUUACGUGGCUGAAGGUCAGGAAGAUAAACACUCCAUAUUAACAAACACAGCAGGCAGCCAGGCUUAUGAAGACUUCGUGUCAGGACUCGGCUGGGAGGUGGAYCUCACCACCCACUGUGGCUUCAUGGGAGGCCUUCAGAGAAAUCGCAGCACGGGUCAGACGACGCCUUACUACGCCACCUCCACCACUGAAGUCAUCUACCACGUGUCAACACGCAUGCCUCACGACCAGGACCAAAACCUCACUAAGAAGCUCAGACACCUGGGCAACGAUGAGGUCCACAUCAUUUGGUCAGAACAUUCCAGAGACUACCGUCGAGGAAUCAUCCCCACUGAAUUUGGAGACGUUUUGAUCAUCAUCUACCCCAUAAAGAACCACAUGUAUUCCAUCCAAAUACUCAAAAAGCCAGAGGUGCUGUUCUUUGGUCCUCUGUUUGACGGUGCCAUCGUGGACAUGAAGAUUUUGCCCACGAUGGUUCGAGCCACGGCCAUCAAUGCAAGUCGGGCCCUCAAAUCCCUCAUUCCUCUCUACCAGAACUUCUAUGAGGAGCGAGCCCGUUACCUGGAGACGAUAGUGCAGCACCACCAGGAGCCGACUACGUUUGAGGAUUACGCAGCUCGGGUCUACAGUCCUGCUCCCUACACUCACCUGCCAUCUGACACAGGCUCCUGCCUAGAGAUUCUUCGGGGAGAAAGUCCGGCUCUUGGGGAGGCAGGGAGCGACUCGGCGUCCCCAAUGUCCCCUCGGACUAGCAAGACCCGCAUGUCCAUGAAGCUGCGCCGCUCCUCCGGAUCUGCCAACAAGACCUGAGCGCUUCCACCCGCACCUCACGCUGAAACGUUUAGUUUAUUUAAAAUAUUCAAUCUGUCAUGACUGAAGGAAACCAUCAGCGGUGUCCCUGCUGCUUCAAUUUUUUUUUUCUGCUCAAAAAAACUCACGUCUUUUAAAAUAUCCAUAUAUUCCACUGUGAGUGCAGCUUCGCUUGAAAUGAAAUGAGUCGCAGCAGCUGCAGCAUUGUCAUAAAUAAAUGGUGCCAAAUGAAAAAAGUGCACAAACACUAAAGUGUUUUAGAAAAGACGUUCAGAGAGAACAAACUCUGGAUGAGUGUUUGUGUGAGAACAGAACAGGAUGUGUUACAGGUGAGCUUUUUACUCGCUUCAUUCAGUAACAAGAAUUUAGAAAAACAAAUGUAUUUUUAGGUGCUCUCAGUUCAUCUGUAUUAAAAUAAAAACUGGUUCAGAUAACAACGAAGCUUUUUUUUAGUGGACUGAACGUAAACCGUCCCUCCUCCUGUGGUGAAAACAAAAAACAUACAUCUUUUACAAAAAAAAAUUAAAGACUGAAACACUCCACACUUUAAUAAAACACAUGAAAGAGGAGGCACUUGUUUGAUUUUUGUUUCUUUCCAGCUCAUGUUGUAAAACAUGGACAAGCACUGAUUUAUUUUGUUUUAUUUUUUUGUAAAUUGUGUUUUCACAGAUCGAGAAUAUCAUAUGCUGUAUUUUUCUGUCACACAAAGCAAGAAACCACAACUUUUCUUUCUUGGUUCUUUUGACUAUAAAUAUUCUGUAUAUCUAUACGAGUAUAAAUAUAUAUGUAUAUAUAUAUUAGAUAUGUGGAUAUCUCAGAGAACAUGUACAGUGUCAGGAAGUUUGUUCUGUAUAUAAGGUUGUGAGAAAAGCUGCCAAAGCCAAACUGUGGUCGAACCUCAAACCACGAAAGAAAAGAAAACAGGUCAACACUAGAAGAUCUUACUGUAAAACAAACCUUUUUCCCCCUGAUUGGUUUGCACUUUAUUCACAUUUAGAAACGCCUCGUUACCAUAAAACCAAACUAAAAAAUAGAAGAUAAAUCUGAUCUAUUUGGGAAAUUAUGUUUUGUUUUGUUUUUUUAAUUAGCUGAAGAUUUUAGGUUCUCAAUCUGUGAUUUUCAGUUUGAUGAAAUGAGUAGAUUUAUGGUGAAGUAACUGGGGGGGGAAGGGGGGAUCUUAGGUCAUCAGUUCGUUUUUAUUAUUUAAUCUGCUCUUGUGUUAAAGUAAAACAACCCCAAUCCUGCCAAAUUACAUGGAAGUACUAAAAAAAUACCUAAAGGCUGGAAAACAACGGGAUUUUUAUUAGGAUUUAUCUGGAUAAGUCGUAUGUUUUUUUUUUCAUGGAUUAAGUGAUCAAUGAUGAAGUUCGUAAGACCUGUUUCUGAAAAUGUAAUUCAAGUUUUUUGCAUUUUUUUUCUUAAAAAAUAGAUUCUCUGUAGAAAACAGAUGAAUUUUGUUUGUUUGUUUUUGUUUGUUUGUGGGCUUUAUUUUUCCAAAUGCCAUCCUGUAAAAUAUUGUUCUUUUACGAGUGUUGAGUUUCACCGACUGCUGUCUCUUUAAAUGAUUAUCUCUCAGUUYGAAGCUGCUUUAUUACGCUCUGUUACAACACUUCAAACACCCAGAACUCGUUCACUUUAAAGCCCAAACUCUGUCCCAGAACCUCAAACACUUCAUGUUCAUCACGUCAACACUUUGGAUCAUUUUCAGCUGUUGUGAUGCUUUAAUCCUCUACAUUCACCAACUGUAAAAUCUCAGAUUUCAUCAGUUUUGCAGAAACCAAAACCUUGUUUUCCCAAAGCUUCUCACUUAUUUUUUCUUAUAGGAACUUUUUGCUGUUGUCUGAUGAGAGGAAGAAAAGACUGAUGUGGAACCUCAGCUGUUUGUGUUUAUCUGAUGUAAAUAACUACUGAUUUACAAGCUGCAUGGCUCAAAACUCCAGUACUAACUGCAUGCAUCAACACACACUCCACAAACUGUCAAACUAUGUAAUCAAUGUGCAACAUCCUGUUUCAGACACACAAUAAAUGGUUCCGACCACCCUG